AUGACGCACGCGUCGUCCUCAGAGGCGGGAUCUGCCGCUGCCCGGCGAAGCUCCACGAUGGGGAAGGAGUCGGCUAGCGUUGCCUCCUCGCUGGCUGCAGCUGCGCCGCCCUUUUCGCUUCGCACCGGUGCCGUGCUCCCUCGCGCGAUCUUGACAUGGCUGCAGUCCCUGCAACUCGGCAGCUUCGUGAAGUACCCGAAGCGUGACUUGGCAAACGGGUAUGUGUUUGCACACAUCUGUGCUCACUACUGGCCACAUGUGCCGCUGCACAGCUUCGAGAACAAGGCUGGCGCCGCGAGCAAGCAGAGCAACUGGUUUGUGCUGCGUAAGGUGCUGCGCCAGCAAGGGGUGGAAGUGAGUGCAGCUAUGGUAGAUGGCAUGAUGAACGGCGCAGACGGCUGUGCCGGUGCCUUUCUGCGGCAGCUAUACACAGUGCUGACUGGCAAACAUGUGGACAUCGAGGUGGUGCCGCUGGAGGAUGCGCUACCUGACGUGCCAGCCAACAAGGUGCCGGUGUACAUGCCAGCCAGCACUGGUGGCGCCGCUGCACGUAGGCGGUACGGCGGUAGCGCAAACGAUCCUCACCCCUCCACACACGUGGACUCUCGCGGCGGCUUCGCGGGCAGAUGCGACAAGCCUGCAUCGUUGUUUGGAGCUGCUGUGGCUGCCGGCAGCAUCCUGAGCGAUGUCGGCGGCAAGGAUGUACGUAGCGCCGCCCCGGUGCUGCUGUCGCCCUUGCCGCCAUCACUCCCGAUGCCGAAGCAUACGAAGCCCACUACAUCGCAGGCACCCGCAUUGACAGCCGAGGCAGCAACUGCAGAUAAGCCGCUCCUCCACGUAGCUGUGCGAGCUGCAGGUCAUGUGUCCACAGUACUUCCGCUGCAGCGACCAGCUGAGUCGGCCGCUGCAGAUGCCGCCGGUGGACCUAUCCCGUCCCACGGCUCCUCGAUGGCUGGUGCGUGGUUCUGUAUGAAGGUGCGCGAGUCGGUGCCGGCAGACGCCCUCGAGGUACUGAUGAGGGGCAACGAAGCGACUGCAACGCCGAUGUCGUCGCUACCUGUCACCCUUCGCUGGCUCUCUGCUUACCCAUCUGGUGAGUGGGACUUGGAGGGUGAGAGGAACGUAACGCUCGGAAGCACAGGCAGAGACGGCUACGACGCUCAGCAGGCAAUGCUUCGCACGGGCGUCUGGGAAGCAAUCCUCAGCGCUGUUCCGGAGCUAGCUCAGAUCCUAAUGCACUACGGUGGCCACGGCCUCGAUGUCCUUGUCGACUGCCUGUUCGCCUCCGUCGCGAAUGCGCAGUCGCGACUCUGUGGUGGUAGUGAGAGCGACGCUGGCGGCGGCGUGCCUUUCGCCUUCGUGCGCAACGCUCUUCACUUCAGCGCCGUUCUGCUGGCAACACUCAGCGACUUCAACGUCCACCAUGCCGUCGCCUGCUUUAAGACAUACUUGGCGGCCUCUCCAACCUUUGCACAGGCGGUGCGUGGGCUGCACUGGCCGUUGGCAGCCAACUAUGCUGAGCUCAUCACGGCCGUCUUGCCAGCAAACCGCCGACUCGCCGCCCCGCUGCUGAAUUCGCUAUGGGUCACCAUUGAGUGUGCCGUGCGUGACUCGGCUGCUGAGGAAGCGACUCUCGACGCUGACGCCACCGCUGGCGAUGGAGAGAGUGUCGCUGCUGGCGCAGAAAACACGGCUCAGCUGUGCCUGCUGGUGCUUCUCCGUGCCCUUUUAACCUCCCUGCCGCCCAUCAGUGUUGGUGCCGCUGCCUGCAUGCCGCUGGAAACGCCAAUGGGCAGUCACCCUCAGGCCAGUGCAGGUGGACGCACAGCAACCAGCCCCGCCCGCCGUUCAGCCUCACGCUCUGGCAGGAGCACAGCCAUCGCGGUGCUGACUUCGCAGGACGCCAUCACCAACACUCUCGUGCAGCUCGCACAGCAGCGCAGUGCUGCGGCGCUGCAGCACGCCGCCAUGAGCCGCACGAACGCGAGCAGCGUAAGUGUCGACGAGGCGGCGGCAGCGGUGGCUCUUGCCGUGCAGGUGCUGCGUAUGGAGCUACGUCCCUCUCUGAUGGCCGCAUGUGUAGUGGGCAGGCCAUUCUUUGACGUCUACAACGCUCUCUUCCCUUUGCCGGACAACGCCGCGACGCCAACAUCAACGAACGCGUCGUCGCCUACGCUCUCUGUGCUUCGGGCGCAAUGGCUACGCUGGUGCCUGCAGCGGUGGUUCGAGCUCGGUUUGCUAUCCCACUCACCCGUCGCCUCCGCCGACGCGGAUAUAUCCUCGCCGUCCUCGUCGCACCCACACCAGCAGCACCAACGUGUCUCCCAUGCCUCUCUCUCGUCCGGUGUCCGCGACGGAGGCGACCAUCACACCAUCGCGACUACGCUCGCCACGGCUCACGAUGUGUCGGUGGACAGCCACGAGAUGCGCGCUCUGUGGGCUGGUGUGCAGACGCUCUGUCGUGAGCUGUCCUCCGCUAUUGAGUCAUCGGACCCGGCGGAAAAGGAGUCGCGCCUGCUGGUGGCAAGCGCGCUGGCAGAGUUGCUCCCGUUCCUGCCAGCGAAGUACAAAGCCGAGGGCACCGACGCAACACGCACAUUGAUCACCGUUGCUGCGAAGAAGCCCGGCGGCGUGGUCUCGGCGGCCGCCGUAGCCAGCGACGCAGCCGACGGUGAUGGGCAGCUAAGCGAUGUGGCAGUCACGUCGCCUCCUGCUGACGAUGGGGGCAACAUCUUUGCCGAGGACGCGGCAGAGGCUGCGUUGAGGGUCUUUGUGCACGAGGCGACGCCAGCGCAGAUGCGUUCCAUCCUCGCCUGCACAUCGAAGUCGCGAGCAUGCGCAGCGGCGCAGGAAGCUGAGGCAUUGGUGGACGAGGCGCCGUGGGUGGUGCACCGUUACGUGGGCCCUCUCAAACCGUCGGGCUUUCCUGUGGAGAGCUGCACUCUGCUGCUGGUCAAGGCGGCUCUCAGCGUGCUAAACGGUGGGGAUGGCCGCACAGGCAACCUCAGUAGCGGCACUGGCUCACCCUCACGGUCGGUGGCAGUCGAGGAGAAGGACGUGAGCUUCACUGGAAACGCCGGUGGCGCGCGUCGGCUCGCUGCCCGGGCCGCGGUGGUGGCCAGAGAAGGUCAGGUGGAGGAGAAGAUUGCUGAGCGGGUGCGAUGGCUCGCCAGUCUGCUGGUAGAGGGCCGCGCUGGUGUUGGUGGCGGCGCGCCGCUCCUAUUCCUGGGCCGACGCAACGGUGAUAGUGGCACAGGCCGUCGCUCUACCUCGUCUGUUCGCCAGGACCCAACCGUCGUGACCUCAGCAGCGUCAAAGAUAGAGGUGCGGCAGUGGCAAGCGGUGCUGGCGCGCUGUUACGAGGACGUUGUUCUGGUGAUUCAAGCAGCGAGCUUGCGACUGCGCCAGCGCGGAGGAACUGGUGCCGGUGGAGGCCCUGCGGCGGCCUCAGUACGCCAGGGCACCGGCAACGCUACGGAGACUGCCGCUGUGGCGCACGUCUCCGAGGCAGUUGGUAAGGAGCUCCUGAUGCUGGCGCAGAAAGCGGAGGGGGUAGUGUGCACUCUGUGGCGCGAGCUGGCACCGGCCUUGGCGCCACCGACAGCGUCAGGAUCAAAGGGCGAGGCGGAGCGGUACUUCCUCAGCGGCGCAGCCUCCCCAGCGGCCCCAAACCCGACCUUCAUGGGCGUCCCGCUCGUCUCUUUCCUUGAGGGCGUGUCACAAGAGGAGGUGGUGACGGCGGUCAGCUGGAUCUUUUCCGUUGCUGGUGCGUCGUGA